AUGGCUCGGGCGAGGGCCGGGGCGACGCGCGCGCGCGCGGCGACGGCGUCGGGGUCGGAAGGGAGCGAUCGCGAGACGGCGGGAGGCGACGCGUGCGACGUCGACUUUAUGAAACGCGUGAACGAUGAAGCGAACGCGGUGACGACGCCGUUCGCGCUGCAGGCGGUGGUGGCGAGUUCGUGCGCGCUGGCGGCGGUGAUUUUGUACGUGGCGUUGGAUUUGGGGUCGACGGCGUUCGUGGGGAACGCGGGGCAAAAAAUCGUGGACGCGAUGGCGCGGAGCGGGUUCACGGCGGCGUUCGCGUUGAUUUUUGUCAGUGAGCUCGGUGAUAAGACCUUCUUCAUCGCCGCUCUGUUGGCGAUGCGCCUGGGGCGGUUGAAGGUGCUCUUGGGGGCGACGAGCGCGUUGGCGGCGAUGACGGUGAUUUCAGUCGCCAUCGGGAGGGCGUUCCAGAGCUUGCCGGCGUCGAUGAAAGCGACGCUGCCGGUGGGAGAGUACGCCGCGGUGGCGAUGUUGGUGUUCUUCGGGGUGAAGACGCUCAAGGAGGCGUUGGAGACGGAUCCCGCCGGGGACACCCCGGAGGCGCACGGUGAGCUCGCGUCCGCGACGGAGGUCGUGUGCAAGUCAAAGAGCGGACGGGGGAGCAUCAUUCCCGGUUUCGCCGCCAUGGUUGAGACUUUUACGCUCAUAUUUAUCGCCGAGUGGGGUGAUCGAAGCAUGCUGGCCACGAUCGCCCUCGGCGCGGCGCAGAACCCGGUGGGCGUCGCGUGCGGCGCCACCCUCGGGCACUUCAUCGCCACGCUCAUCGCCGUCGUCGGUGGAUCUCUGCUGUCGAAGCGCAUCAGCGAACGAACGGUCGGCAUCAUCGGGGGUUUGCUCUUCCUCGCGUUCGCCGUGUUCACGUGGUUCGGCGUAUUUUAG